AUGCAGGUGAAGGAUGCGCUGGUGGGUGAGCGGCGGCGGCUGAUGGCGGCGCUUGCGGAUGUGCCCUACCUGGAGCCCUACCCCAGCCACGCCAACUUCAUCCUGUGCAAGGUGCAGGGCCGCGACGCCAAGGGCGUGAAGGACGCCCUCGCAAACAAGGGCAUCAUGGUGCGCCACUACGCCAAGAAGGAGCUCAGCGGCUUCAUCCGCAUCAGCGUGGGCAAGCCCGAGCACACGGACGCGCUCCUGGAGGCCCUCCACAGCAUCUGA